AUGGAACCGGGCCAGCCGACGGACACGCCGAUGCCGCGCGAGCUUCUCGUCGGACAGCAGGUGGUCGUUCCUGGCCGAGGUACUGGGACGCUUGCGGUGGAGAACGGCCUCCCGAAUGGCGAUGGCACAUGGAACGUCGACUUCGACGACUCAACAGAGGGAAAUGUUCCUCGUGAGUGUGUUCAGGUCCCAGAUCCAGCUCGACAUGCAUGGAGGGUCAUCACCGACCCGCGGUCAGAGCCCAAAAUUGAUGGUUGGACAAGAUUCGUUUGCUUCAGCGACACGCACGGAAAGCACAGGUCAAUCCCGUCAUCGCACAUCGUGGAAGGCGACGUGUUGCUGCACGCGGGUGACUUCUCGAACACAGGGGAGCCACAGCAGGUCAAAGACCUGGCGGAGUGGCUGGCGCAGUACCCAGCGGCACACAAAGUGGUCAUUGCAGGAAACCACGAUGUGACUUUUCACGCGGACUAUUACAAGCGUGCCUGGGAGCGUUACCACAGGGUUCAGGAAGACGUUGAGGCAACUCGAGCGCUGCUGACAGGACCGUCCUCGCCGUGCAUCUACCUGGAGGACGCCGCCACGGACGUGUUGGGGUACCAGAUCUACGGGUCCCCCUGGCAGCCCGAGUUCUGCGACUGGGCAUUCAACCUUGAACCCGGCGAGCUUGCGCCCAAGUGGGCGCAGAUCCCCAGGGACGUCGACAUUCUGAUGACGCAUGGGCCCCCGCUGGGUAUCGGGGACAAGACCUUCCUCGGCAAGCGGGCCGGCUGCGAUCACCUGCUCAGCGCAGUCCGCCAGCGGCCCGUGACCGUCCACGUGGCAGGCCACAUCCACGAGGGUUACGGCACAGUGGCGGACGGCGACGUCCUCUUCGUCAACGCCUCCACGUGCACCCUCAAGUACAAGCCGAUGAACAAGCCCGUCGUGUUCGACCUGCCCCCGGCUGCGGAGCUGCGCCGCGCGCGGCGGCCGCCCGCCGCGCCGGCGGGGGCGGCCGCGGCCCCCCAGCCGGAGCCCGUGAGCAUGGAGUUUCCGUGA